AUGCACGGAACUAAACGAAAAUCGUUAGUCCCUUGGGUAAAGAAGAGACUCUCAUUUAGAAGCAGGAGUCGACGGUGUAGGUUUGAGAGGCCUGGUUUGGUUAUGUUUAGUCAGAGGGUUGUGGUGGCCAAAACUCUGAGCUCACUUAUGGAUCAUAGGGAUGCUCUGACAAUGACGUCACUAGAGGGCUGGGUCACCGAUCCUAACGGCAUUCUCCCGCGCAGUGUCGUUCACAAGGUUUCACCGGAUGGUGGAGACCAGCCUCCCUGGUUGACCGAAGUGUUUUUCGAGCUUAGUGCUCUAGACUUUUGUCCGGAAGACAAAACGAGUUGUCACUACUUAUUAAACUUUUAUACGCAUCCACACAGUGUUGAUGAGAGGAGGCCGGGAGAUGCCUCAGAUGAUAGUCUUGUGGGAAGCAACAGCAGACUUGACAGUUUUGAAGAUGAAAAGGAAAAAGGCCGGCGACAAGUUAAUAGAAGAUGUCAGCCUUUGUCUAUACCUGUACCGAGUGUUUUGGUAAAGAUGUGCUCAGUGAGGGGCGAGCACCGGUGUGCCAAAUCUCGUUGUAUCUCGACAAAACUCGCCCGCGAUGGAGACCUUCAGGAUCAUUUUGACAUGUUAAUAGAGAAUAUUUUCAACGGCGCCUUUCUGGCAGAGAGGAAAAUACUCGCCACUUUCUUCAAGAACGACCCGAUACCAAUACAAGUGAGUCAAGAGAAGUUUCCCCGAAGCCUUCACAAGGGUCCAGUCAUGCUUUCGCCUUCUGUUGACCUUUUCUCGGAUAAAAGAACUGAUAAGAAAUCCGCGUCCGCUGAGAACCACAGCUCCAAGUCUAGGCUAUGUGAUCAAGCAAGGGUCAAGGAGUCACUAAGAACACGUCGUAUUACAGAAAGUGCAGCAGUCGCUGGAGAGACAUGCGAGUAUCGCGAUCCUGGCUUCUUUUCCAGUUCUCACAGGAUGCUCAAAGAGCCAUCUGACUGUAUCAGGGGAAAGGAUAUCGCACAUGCGCCAUCAGAUCGCCCAAAACAACGACCUGCAUCAGACUCCCCAGGCUUCUCCAAUCAAGCAUCACGCUCGUCAGACGUGAACUUGGAAACAUCCAUUCUCGUCGCUAUUUAUUUGCGGUCAGAAAACUUUCCAAUCAACGUGGCCUUUCAGAGAGAACAAGAAGAUGUCGCUGAACAGAAUGGCAGGUGGCCAGACUUGGACUUUGAAGGAUCCGAAAAUGAUGCUCUAAAAACUGGCCGUUUACUGGAAUUCGAGCUGCUCUGCGGAACAGAUAGCGUACGCUGCGAGAAAUGUGACAAAAAACCGCGUCACGUGUGUGACAGCAACAAAGCGCUAUGUCGCCUGGACGGUCUAAAAUGUAACAAAGUUGUCAAUCACAGAUGUGACACAAACAAAGCACUCUGUCGGCUUGAUGGUAUCAAGUGUGAGAGAAUACGAAAUACUACACCAUCUGUGUAGGAAUGAUGACUGUAAGUAUGGUGCUCACAAAUCCCCGAGCUGGCAGGAGGGAGCCAGCUGCUCGGAUCGGGCGCGGCAUCCUCCAGAUGUUGGGCGGCACCAAAUCAUGGGGGUCUCUAACCGUUGACGGACUUGAGGAAGUGGUGUCUUUAACACCCGGAUCCUCCACAGCAGCAAUUACAAACGGGAAGGUUGAGUGACGGAAAAGAAGCGGUCACAGCCGUAU